UGUAAAAUAGAAAUCGCAUUCGUCGGCUUUGCCUGUUAUGUUGUGUCUCCGGCCUUAGUGCUCUUAUCCAGUUCAUUGAAACGGAAGGCAGCAGGAAAGGGAAGAAACGAAAGAAGCAUCGACUUGUGUAUCGUUCGCUUAAAUCCCCGCGGGGGAUCGUCUUCUCUUCCGCGAGUUCUCUCUCGUCAUGUUUUAGCUCACAACUCUUCAGCUAUUAGGAUUUCGUUCCGUUUUCCACAGGUAGGCGUCUUUUCAUGCCACAGCACCAUUUACCGCCGGAUGUGUUCGAGCUUCUAUUCGCGCUGCGGCGGAAAUUUGAGCUCAUCCCAAGAAUGGAGGAAUGAAAAUUUCUUUUAGCUUCCACUGCUCGCCAGGGAAUCGAUGGAGCUGGAACGAUUAUGAGCUUCAGAAUUCGUAGUAGAGUUUUUGUCGUGUGAGUGUUCGUCUGAAGGAGUAUGAUUUCGACGCGAAAAGAAAACGCUAUUGCGAUUGUUGAUUUUGUUCAGUGCAGCGGAAUUUCCAACGUCCGUGACCAAUUCUGGGGUUGCCAAAUGACGUUGAUGUCUGCGACAGUAAAAAAAAAUAUUCGCUAGGUUUAUUCCUAGGUGUUGGUGCCUUGCUCUCUCCGUGAUGCAACACAUUCUUUACUCAAACAUUGUGACAGGAAACUGCGCAGUUGAAUCCGCUAUUUGGACCCGACAGAGCAUCGCGUAAGUUGCUGCUUCGUGUGAUAGCAUUAGGUUAUACAUAAUAAAUUGAAGGAUCACUUCGGUGAUGGAAUUGAGUGAUGGUUUUGCUUUGUAGCGACAUACGCCAAGACGACGGCUGUCCAAUAUUUCGUGCCUGCUGCACAAGCUUCGGCAUGACCUGAAGCUCUGUUUUGUAUUAAGGAGGACCAGCCAUGUCUUCGAUGGCAACACUUCUGGUUGCUUCUUCAGCCACUUGCACGAUUCUCAGAACCAUUUCAAACUUGGGAGCAACAUGUAGUCAUACAUCUUCAGAGAGAUGUGGGUGGAGCACACUAGAUAUCCAGACGACAAUAUCAGCUGCUAAACCUAUCGAGCAAACUGGUUAUGAUGCUGAAAGCUCUAGGUUCAGCCAUAAAACUGCAAGUAAAGUUCCGAUCAGGAGAGGGAGAGGCUGGGGUAACACGCCGCAAAGUAGGAGUGAUCGAGCACCACCUGUUUUGAGUCCUGGCGCUGCUGCCUUAACGCGGAGUAUUUUGACACAAAAAAGUCCUCAGGAUGUAUGGGAUGCGCUUGAUGCUCUUCCUCGUUGUGUCGGUUCAUGGGAAGAUCUCAUGGAGACAGUUGCCGAGUUCAGACGGCAGCGAAAGUGGCGAAGUGCUAUAGUGAUUUAUGAAUGGAUCCUACAGGGAUCAAUGUUCAAGCCAGACGUGGGCUGCUUUAACAUGCUAAUGGACGCUUACGGGAGGACCAAGCAGUGGACAGAAGCGGAGAAUACUUUUCAUCUCAUGAAAAAGUUUCAAUGUUUGCCUACAGAAACCUCCUUCAAUGUCCUCAUGGCUGCCUAUUCUCGUGGGGGUCAGCUUGAGCGAGCUGAGAGGGUGUUGCAUGAAAUGAAGGAGUCAAACUGUUCUCCUGGCUUAGUGACGUACAACACUUAUCUGGAGGUUUUGAACAAGUCUGGAAGCUGGCAGCUAGCAGAGGAUGUCUUUAGGGAGAUGCAAAAUAGAGGGGUUCCUCCAGCAGUCAACACGUUCACUCUCAUGAUAAACAUAUAUGGUAAAGCUCACCAUUCAGCUAAAGCUGAACAUCUUUUUCAAAGUAUGCGCAAGGCAUUGUGUCCUCCCAGUCUCUUUACCUACACUGCACUGAUAAAUGCGCAUGCAAGGGAGGGAAACUGUGUGAGGGCUGAAGAGAUAUUUGCGGAGCUACAAUCAGUUGGUUUUGUUCCUGACAUCUACACUUACAACGCUUUGUUGGAAGCAUACAGUCGGGGAGGACAUCCUGCUGGUGCGAAGGAAGUGUUUGAGACAAUGUUGGAAGCAGGCGUGAAAGCUGAUCAUGUCUCUUACAAUAUACUCAUCGACGCAUUUGGUCGUGCAGGGUUGAUUUCUGAUGCACAAGCUAUCUACGAUUCCAUGAAGAAAGUAGGAUUUAAACCCACUAUGAAGUCGCACAUACUUCUACUAAGCGCUUUUGUUAAAGCAGGAAGAGUCACUGAUGCUGAGAAUUUUGUACGAAGAUUAGAGAGUAUGGGAGUGGAGCCCGAUACUUUUAUGUUCAAUUCCCUUUUAGGCGCGUAUGGGAAUUCAGGGAGAAUGGAUAAAAUGGAAAGCUUGUACGAAUCUAUGCAAGGUAGUGUAUGCAAGCCUGACAUCAUCACACUGAACACCCUCAUAAACGUCUAUGCUCAAGGUGGCUACAUUGAAAGAGCUGAGGAAAUCUUCAAUUCGCUGGAGUCAAAAGGCUUUACUCCCGAUGUAAUGUCAUGGACCUCACUCAUGGGUGCCUACUCAAAACGGAAGUUGUACAGGAAAUGUGUUUCAGUAUACCAAAAGAUGCUCAUUGCCGGUUGUAUCCCGGAUAGAGCUACUGCUAAAGUUUUGCUUUCUUCUUGUCGUGGUCCGGAGCAGGUAAAGGAGGUCACAGACAUGAUUGAGACACAAAGAUAACUCAUAGGCUGGUCAUAUUGCGUCUAGGAGUGAUGUAGGCUAAACAUCCUCUGUAGUUUGAAAGACUCAGGAAGCGGUUGACGAAGAUGUGCACAAAAUCUCCCAAAGGAUUAUCUGUGUCUUGAAGCAAAUUCUCCAAGACCACGCACUCCAUGUUCGCAUAACUGAAUGCCAGGUCUCUCAAUCGCACGAUCUCAACUUUGUUUCUCACUCCUCA